CACGUUCUCAGUGUCAAGCAACAACGACGGGACUCAAGCUGAGAAAGACGUCGCACCUUAUUACACACUCGAAAAAAGAAAGUCAUACAAGUUUGGGACGGCAUGAUGGGUGAACGAUUCCUUUAAAGUGUUACCCACCUUUCAGGUGAGAAAUCACAAUUGGAGCAAAUAAACGCUGCUGUCCUGAGCAUGUUCAAUGCAGAAGAUCAGCUGUUGGGUGUUUCUGAUCAGGGCUGUUAGAAACCUUCGUCACAGCUCAAAGAAUGACCUCAGUAUUUAACGGGAUCCUGCGGCCUGUUGUCAUUGCCAUCCUGUUGCUGGGGUGCUUUGCGACCAUAUUUUUCAUGUACAUAAAACCAAAUAAUAUUGGCUUGUCUUGGCCUACUCAGCUCGCAGCAACUACCAUAAAUGGGAAAAUUCGAACGCCAGCAAAAAAACAAGACAAUCAGACAGUGGUUCUAAUCUGGCUUUGGCCGUUUGGUCAAACAUAUGACCUGAACACUUGCAGCACCCUUUUCAACAUUGAGGGCUGCUCCUUGACUGCUGAUCGUUCUCUUUACAACAAAUCCAGCGGAGUAGUGAUCCACCACAGGGAUAUCAGUCGAGAUUUAUCCAGCCUGCCCCCUGCCAACCGACCAGCCUCCCAGAAAUGGAUCUGGAUGAACCUAGAGUCUCCUUCUCAUUCCCCAAAAAUUCCAGGAAUAGAGAAGCUUUUUAAUUUGACCCUGAAUUACCGGCAGGAUUCUGAUAUUCAGGUGCCUUACGGCUCAAUUGUAUCUGUCGGAGAUGGGAAGGAUUUUGUUUUGCCCGCUAAGACCAAACUGGUUUGCUGGAUUGUAAGCAAUUGGAAUCCAGACCAUGCCAGGGUGAAAUACUAUAACGAACUGAGCAAGCACAUAGAAAUACACACAUAUGGUCAGGCUUUUGCGGACUACAUUGUUGAUAAAGAUUUUUUCCCCACUAUUGCUACCUGCAAAUUCUACCUGUCCUUUGAAAACUCAAUCCACAAAGACUAUAUUACGGAGAAAUUGUACAAUCCUUUAUCAGUUGGGAGCGUUCCGAUUACUCUCGGCCCGGCUCGACAAAAUUAUGAGAACUUUGUGCCCGGAAAUGCAUUUAUACACGUUGAUGACUUUUUGUCCCCGAAAGAGUUAGCAGAUUACCUUUUGUUGCUGGAUAAAAAUGAAGAGCUCUAUCUGCAGUAUUUUGAUUGGAGGAAGCAUUUCAAAGUAAAGCUCUCCUACUUUUGGGCUGAGCAUACAUGUCGUGCCUGUGAUUACUUACAAAGGCAUAAGGAAUACAAAGCUUGUAAUAACCUGGAUUCUUGGUUUUGGGAUUGACUACAUUUCAUCAUCGUUGAUGUCAAUUAUGGAAGAAAUGAACAAGUUUCAAUUUGAAGUUACAUUGAAUUUAGUGUUUUUAAUUUGUGACGAAGUAAGAAAGGGAGAGGGUUCUCCUUUCUCUGUUCCUGCUAAUAAAUGUU